AUGGGCGACAAGAGGUUAUUGCUGCCACGGCCUAAUCGGAGGAGGGCAAACCGCCGGCUAAGACAGAUCACGCUCCUCCUAGGAUUCUGUCUAGGGAUUUACUGCCUAGUGUUCGUCUCAAGGACGCCAUCCUCGUCAUCAUCAUCCGGGUCCAACGCCGGGCAAGCACGGUCGUCGUCGGUGACAUCCUCUAAGCAGCAACAACACCGGCAACCGCCAACACCACCACCACCAGAGGUGCUCAACAAUCUGUCGCUUAGCGAAGAGCAGUGCAAGGCCACAUUCCCCGGCUUGACAAAGGAGAUUGACGAUGCCGUGGCCGAGGGCCCUUUCCAGGUGAAGCAGACGGGCGAUCUGGGCCCUCUUCAAGGGAGGAUCAAGGACGGACAGAUAUACAUAAUACACGCGCAGCGCAGAUCAGAUCUCUCGCAAGAAAUGUUGAACUCACGCACCGCAGCGCUGCACCAACUCCACCGGGCGCUGCUCACCUCGCCCGAGCCGAUCCCCGACACCAUCUUCACGCUCAACUUCCAGGACCAGCCGUUCGGGACAGCCUGGACGUACAGCCGCCCCGCCGACCCGUCCUUCCGGCCCACAGACCCCAACGCGCGGUCCUUUCUCAUGCCGCACUUCUCCUUUUGGGCGUGGAACCUGCCCUUUAUCGGCUCCAUGGGUCGGGCGGCGGCGGCCAUUACGGAUCUGGAGCGCGGGGUUCCCUGGAACAAGAAAAUUCCCAAGGCCGUCUGGCGAGGCACGACGUGGUUCAACAGCGUGCAGAGCCCGCGGCUGCGGCAGAACCUGGUCAAGGCAGCUCGAGGAAAACCGUGGGCCGACGUGGAGCCACUCGAGUGGACGGGAGGAAACGGCAACAACCACAACGCGAGCAACGCGCUGCCGAUCGAGGAGUUUUGCCGAUACAAGUAUGUCGUGCACACCGAGGGCAUCGCCUACAGCGGCCGGUUCCAGUUCCUGCAAAUGUGCGCCAGCGUGGUGCUCACGCCGCCCAUCCAGUGGCUGCAGCACACGACGCACCUGGUCCGGCCGCUCUUCUCAAGCGACCUCGGCCUGGCGGCCCCCAAGUCGGGCAGCGGCCGCGGCGGCUGGGUCCCCUCGGAAAGGGUCCGCCGGUCCUGGCCGCUGCAUUACAAACCAGAGGAGGCCAACAUUGUGUUUGUCGCACCUGACUGGUCCGAUUUGGGGGAUACCGUGGCAUGGCUAGAGAAGCGUCCGGAUGUGGCCGAGGGCAUCGCGCGGAGACAGAGGGAGCUGUUCCACGGAGGCGGGUAUUUCAGUCCUGCUGCCGAGGCGUGCUACUGGCGGGCUAUGGUGAGGGGUUGGGCCAAGAUGGCGAGGACUGAAGGCCAGGGGUGGGAGGAAACUGAAGGGGUGACAUUUGAGGCGUUCAGUCUGACGAAUGGCGGUUGA